AUGGAGUGCAGCGCAAAUGUUUUCAGCGAAUGCACCAGUCGAGACCAGACGAGCCCACGAGCAAACACACUUAGCGAUGAUCAAGACGACAUACAGAAGCAAUUAGACAACGAAGCUAGGGACCGGCUUCAGUUUGCCACACCCAAAACAAUAUGGGUUCUCCAUUUUCCUACCCACAUAAUGCAAAUGCCACACAGCAACAAACGGAUGCAUUGGAACUCUAUCAAGACUCUAGUUCAUCCUCAGCCAAAAGAGCCGCAGAAGCAUCAUCGGCACUACCAGCAGCAUCUAGUAGAUUUACUUUUCGUGUGCCAUUGCCUCUCAACAGAUAUCAAACCAAUAGAAAAUAUUCAAGGAGUCAGAUAGAUGGUUAUCAAAGUAGCCGAACAGGGGAAAGAAUCC